UUUCGAGUCUCUUCCUUCCUUCCUCCCAACAUUUCUCUCCCAUUCAAUCAAUUGAUUUCAAGGCGAACAAUCCCUGCACGAGGUGUCCAUAUCAACCAUGACGUCGUCCCGCUCUCUCCAGGCUUCGGCUCUCACGUUCACCACCCUCGCCAUUGGACAUACGCUUGGAGGGAGACAAUGGAUCGCUGAACCGGUAUUCGGGACCAUUGCGGGCUCGAAGCCAUGGGCCUGUGGCAUUGUUGGCUGGUACCAGGGGAGUGCCUUUUUCUUGGCGACCGGCCUCCUUCAUUAUCAAUGGUCCCGCAACCCCCGGGCCCUGCAGGAUCCUACCAACAAGGCCAUCGCUGUCAUCGUCAACGCACUGAUGUGGGCCAGCUCCGCUUGGUAUUUCCGUACCGGCAUCAAGGAGAAUGGCUGGGCGGUGGGAUUCGGUGCGGCGCUGCAGGCGUGGGCGGUGGUGAGGGCCUGGGCUAAGUAUUAGAAUGCUGGACUUGAUAGGCUCCGGGUCUGAAAUAAGCGGAGCUUGUCAUAACGCUUCAACUUAGAAUGUGCCCAGCUUUAAGUAUUCAAGGCAAUUAUGCAACCGUUUACCUACUCAGAAAUACAGUCCAGGAUACACUUAGAAGAUAUCAGGACAAUUUAACGGAAGACUUACCAUCUACAAGCUUCAUCCUUCAUCAAAUUACGCCACAUUCUGCUGCUUCACAAUGAUUCCAAGCAUGGAGAAACAAGCUCCGGCAAUCUUACUCACUCGGGCCAUAGUACUUGGUUCAGUUGCCAUUACUCAGAUCAAUCCAUUACCUAUAUCUCUAACAACCAACACAACCUCCUCUGACCCGCAGGAUCUGUUACUCCUCCCCCAACACCUCUCUUCAUUCUAUA